AUGGAAUUUUUGGAUGAAUCGAACCUCCCAGCUGCCUUCCAAGGUGAGCAGACUCAAGAGUCUCAACUCAUGCCAUCCCCCGGUCACCAGCCCUACGAGCCUUUGUUCACCCAAAUGGAACCCGGCGAGAACACCUUUCCAAUCCCCAACAUUUAUCAACAACCGGCGCACAACAACGGCCCAACAGUCCCGGCCACGGCCGGGCAUCCGACUGCCGCAAGAGUCGUCCCAGCAGCUCCAUCUACUCCCCUGAACGUUCGGUCGGCGCCGCUUCACAUGGGCGAGGUGGCAACGGUCCCAGCUAGUUCCAAUCCUGCAACCCCUCACGGCGGCGGCACCGGCGUCGGACCUCGCAUGUCAGCCUCGCGCGAAGAUACCGAGGCCACGGGCAAGCUGGUCCACCUGGACUACUUGUUCUUUGUCCGAUCCGCCACCACGCUUUUGACCCAGGCCCAAGUGGCGCGCCGGGCGCCCGCGGCCCCCCGAAGGGAGUGGGAGAAAAUCGUACCAUCGCAAGAUCAACUCCCGGUCUGGCGAUGUGACCUCACGAGGUACACAAUGGUCGAGUUCCAGGACCUUGUCAUUCGCAAGCUCGGGGAGACUCGGAAUCAUCUAGCCGGGCUCCUGCACUCGGAAAACAGCUUGGGAGCCAUUAGGUGGCAGUUGAUCAUUGCCGGGAGUCGUGUUUACGGGCCAAAGAAGUUGGUUUUUAUGACGAACGAGAUGGGAUUCCGAGAUUUUGCGGACGCGGUCGCCGACAGUGGGAACGCAAAGGUUACUGUCCGUUUGACAAUGGAAGACCCGCAGGCUCGAGCAAGACAACAAGAGGCUGAGCGCCUGCCUUUGGAACGCCUUCGCGCACGUCAGGCAAUGAAUCCCCGCGCAGAUGUUAACGGCAAUCCGACGGCCCCAUUUGUUGCCCAGUUGACCGCGCACAUCUUGGCAACUUAUGGGGGCGGGACCGAGUCAUUGUGGAUAGGACACCCAACCGAUCCAUUGCUCGGAAUGCAAAUCCACACCCAGCGGCUUUGGGCUUGGGCACGUUGCAUCAUGCAUGGCCUAAACCCGGCCGUGGACAUGGACCACCCACCCGAGACCGACGCUUUUGUGUGGAUCAAUCGCCCAACACCCACACUGGCCGCCCGGGCAGCAGCUCGUCAAGCCGCUGCCGAUUUGGCUUCCGGUCCUAACGUCGCCCGCCACACGGGGGGCGAUAACAACCCUGUCCCCCCAACCAAUACGCCGACACGCCCGGCCGACCGCCCGUCCGCUGAGGCUGCCUCCUCAAUUCGACCCCAGCGACCCACGAAUGAUGUUAGGGCCUUGACAGAAGCCCCGCGGACCCCCAUUGAUGGGCAAAUGACAGCCCGCCGUCAGGCGACUCCCCAGCCCGCCAGUCUCUCUGCAUUGGCCCACGGUGGAAAUACAGCCGCCAUCGGAGUGAAUCCUUCCUCCGCAAGUGUCCCCCGGCCUGUGGCCACAUGGAAAGGCAGCCGCGGGAUGAUCAGACCAAAACGGGUGGGGGUCAGCGAGGUUGCCCGCGUGCCAGUCCCAUCGCUCACUCAAUCGGACAUUGAGGUGUCGGCCCCCGCCGCCGGCUCCAACGAGGCGCCCAACUUACCCCAGUCGACGACCGCGCCCGAGGAAGUCAUCAGCAUAUCUAGCCCAGGCUCAGAGGUCCAGAUCAUUGGUCCUCCUGGAGGGAAGACAAUCAAUGGUCCACACGCAGGCGUCGAUCGGCAAUCCGCGCGGAUGUUCCCAUACUCGUCUGACGUUCAAGGGCGCAAGUACCCACGCAGCCCCGAUGGGAGCAUGGUGGCGCGAUCCUACCUCAAGGCACCCCUCGCCGGAGGAAACCCGUGA